GAGCAACACAUGUCGAGAGCGGACGCUUCGUGCUUUUUGUUGCGCAUAUAUGCUGGGUACGCAUUGCGGGUGUUUGUUGCCUUAACUAAUUGCGAAUGAAAACUACUUGAAAGUUGGUCGGUCGCAGCAGCAACAACAACAAAAAAAACUACCGCAAAAUCCAUUGAAAAAAUUCAAUAAAAAAAUCGUGUGCGAAGAAUUUUAAGUUGACGCUUGACGUGAGCGCCUGUGUGUGUGUGUUGGUGUGCAAAAUUGAAUAUGGUCAAGCGAAGAAGCAGAUAGUUUUAUACAUAUUUAUAUAUAUAUAUUUGUAUGUCAGUUAUUAAGUGCUGCAAAUUAGCAUUUCUUUAAUAAAGAGUGCUCAUAUAAAAUACCUGAAGCGGGACCGGGUUUAAUAACAGCUGCUCCAAUUGCAACGCACGAGCGACUGAUUUUGCAUAGAAAUGACAACCACAAUGCAGGUGGAGAUCAACACAAAUGGAACUGGCAACGGCAGCUUGGAAACCAACGCCAUGACCACAAUGACGACAACUGCAACCAGUUCCAAUCUGAACUCGAGCAACGGCACAGCGAGUCCGGCUCUGGGCAAACUCAAUCCAGUGUCCAAGAAUCCAAGCGGCGUGGGCGUGGCAAGCACACAAAGAGCUGCUGAUGUCAGCAAACGCAAGAAACUGAAAUCGCGCAGCAACGUUGCAGCAACAGCAACAACAGCAGCAGCAGCAACAACAUCGACAACAACAGCAACAGCAACAGCUGCACAACUGGGCAGCAACAAUAAAAACAAAAGCAGCAGCAGCAAUGGCAGUGUGCGUGAUCAGUAUUCCAAGGAUCAUCUAGAUGCCUGGCUGGAGAACUGCCUGAGGGAUGCAACAAAUGCGCAACUCUCAUCUUCAUCCGAAUUCCUUGACUUUAAUCCAACAACAACAGCGGCAAACAAAACGUUAUUUGUAACGCAGGCAGCAGCAGCAGCACAGCAACAACAACAGCAGCAACAACAGCAACAACAGCAGCAACAACAGCAGCAACAACAGCAGCAACAACAGCAGCAACAACAGCAGCAACAACUACAGCAACAACAGCAGCAACAACAGCAGCAGCAGCAACAACAAUUUCUCAUGCGUUCGCAUUCGCAGCCGUAUGGCAUGGGCGCUGCCACGCCCUUUAGUUUGGGCAUACAACGCCACUCACAGCCGCUGAGUUAUCGCUAUCCGAUGCUGUUUCCGCCCCAGCCCCACAAUGGUGGCUAUGGUUUGGGCUUUGGACUGCCAGCGCUGCACGGCGAUGGGGCACAGGAUUUUGCCAGUCUGCCGCCGCUGGUCAAUAUGCUGGGCGGCUUUGGCGCCAGUCCCGAGAACGAUCAGAACUCCACAGAUGUUCACGAUGGCAGCGGCAGCAAUCCAAACAUGAGUCGAGGCUUUCGCUUUAGCGAUCCCUGUCUGCUGAAUCCCUCCGAUAAUGAUUCCAAGCUGAGUGGCCAGAAUACGCCGGAGUGUCGCAAUGGCAAUGCCAAUGGUGGAGCAACAACUACAGCAAAUGGCAGCAGCAGCGAAUUGGAGCAGCAGAACAAGUUCUUUGCCGCCCUAAUGGAACAGAUAAACAUAUUGCACGAAACGAACUCCAAGAUCUGUCGCAACUUGCAUGAGACGAAAGUCGAUAUCGAAGCUUUGAAGCACGCUCCCAGUGGCCAGCUUUGGGCUGGAGGCGGGGGCAUGCGGCACCGUAGAGAUAGCUUGAGCGGAUUAAGCACACAAAGUCAACCAUUGGUAUUUGGCGGCGGCGGAUUCGGUGGCACCCACAGUCCAGCGCCCACCUUUCAUUCAGGCGCCUACACGCCCGGCAUGAUGACGGAUGUUGUACGAGAGGUGAAGGAAGCGGCACGGGUACGCGAGGAUGCGCUGCUCAAUCGCGUCAAGUCGAUGGUCGAGGAGCGCCAGUGGUCGAUGAGCGAGGGAAAUGUGCGCAUAUUGCGCGACAUUGAUGAGCUAAAGUCCCAUGUGAUGCAGUUGCGCGUGGAGCGCAAGGAUACAAACAAGCGGGUGUCCCAUCUGGAGGCGGAGAACAAAUAUCUGCGCCAGGCACUGGCCAGUUUGUACAAUCAACGGCAGGCGUUUAACGACAUUAUCUACGAGAAUGAUCGGGCGCGUGGAGCACGCGGUGUUAAGGCGCCGUUUCCCUUUCCCAAGGGUGGGGCACGUCGGGCGCACUCCUUGAAUCUGCACUAUGGCACCGUACACCAGGCGCCGGCGCAGGCCACCCAGCUGCUGGACGAGGACGAUGAGGUGGAACUUGACGCCGAGGAUGAGAAUGAGGAGCUGACUCUCAGCGUAGCUAGCAAUAAGCGGCUAUCGAGUUCCAGCAAUGAAUCACGCACCAAUGGCCUAACCACUUCCGCACCACAACAGCAACAACAACAGCAGCAGCAGCUGCAACAACAACAGCAGCAACCACAAUCCAUUCAAAGUCCGCCAAAAUUUGCAUUGAUUGGGGAGCAGGUGGGAACGCCACCGCCCCUGUUGCCCCGCAAAAAGGAGCAUGCGCAGCUGAAGCGCGAGCUCAGCGAAGCGACGAGCGCACGUAAGGAGGCCAAUCAGCGUAUCAUUGCACUCGAAAAAUUGGUUAGAGACCUAAGCGCCCAGGUGGUGGCCGGCCAAUCAAAUUGGAAUUUGGAUAACUUAACGGCGAGCGCAGCAGCGGCCAACAAACUCAGCGUCGCCGGCGGACCCAUUACGGACUUAUAGUUCUAGCUAACCGGCUGCGCCCCCGCUCCCGCAUCCGCAUCCGCAACCACUAACGCGCCUGGCCACAAAUGUUCAACCACAGAGAAGACGGCCAGUUUGCGUGUAACUCAUUUAUAGCAGGCACCAAAUCCAAAUCGGGGCAACAAUCGGCAGCAGCGGCGACUGCACACAUUUCGUUUCAAAAUUAUUUAUAACUCAUUGACAUUUGCAUAGGAACCACAAACACACACACAACAAACACACCUAAGCCAAAAGAUUGUUAAAACUUGUAUCCCUAAGCCAAAAUCGAAUAUCCCGUAUUGAGUAUUUUCGAGAUUCUGUCCAAUCCCUUUGACCGCACAAAACUCCAGUCCACUCUACGAAUUGUUACUAAAACAAAGUACAUACACACAUACCUAAAUGCGUAAAACUAUUAUUAACUCUGUAACUGUAACUAAUAGCAAAUAGAAAAUCGAGUACCUACAUUUAAACAUACAUACGAACAAAAAUCAAAACUAAUUUAGAUACACUUGUAAUGGUUUUGUUAACGGAUUAAAUCACAUAUACAUAUAUAUCAAUGUUCAUCAAUGUUGUUGUGCAGUGUCGUAGAAUUAAUCACUAUUUUUUAUUAACUUACAUUAAAACAGAUUUAGGUGCCAUUUGAUAUAAACAAAAAAUAAUACAAAAAUUAUACAAACAUUUCUGCUUGUUUUUAUGUAUAAAUAUAGGCUGGCUUCUCAGUGAUUUCACGUUUAAAUAUAAUUUAUGUAAAUAUAAAGA